AUGCUAGAAGAUUCGAAAGAACACGAAUGGCCAGUUACCAUUCGGCUCGAAAAACUUAUCUCAAAAUGUUUGCAAGGUGGCAAGGGAAUAUUUGAAGAAGUUUUGCUGCGUAAAGAUCGCGCCGAUUCAACGGGAAACGCGUUGUCAGUUAUUCAGCGAUUCAGAUUCCUCUUUUACCUUCCUCAAGUGAUGAAAGAAAAUCUGGAGAAGGGUGAAUACGCUCUUGUUCUGAACGACUACUCGCGCGCGAAAUCUUUAUUAAGCGAAACGGAAGUCCCGUUGUUCAAAGAAGGUUUGUACAUCCUUGAACGUUUAGGCGAUGUGCUUUUAGCAGUUCAGUUUUUUAAAGUAAUUUUGUCUGCAUCAUUUUUAGUAGUCCUUACCGAUUCAGUGUCCUCGAUUAAUAAAAGGGCCUUCUACUGAAA